UUCAAGGGUGGCAUCCAGCUGGGCGCACGCGCGUUCUGCUAAGGCUGUGCGACUUGGAGCUAUGGCGACCGCAGCAGUCCACCCAGUAGCCCUGCGGUUACGGUUGCUCCUCUCACCCCUGAAAUCCCGGAUCUGCGUACCCCAGGCCGAGCACGCAGCCACCUUCGGCACUGCAGUAACUUCUGCCAAGGCGGCUGUGAAUGGCAUCCACCUGCAUUACCAGCGAGUGGGAGAAGGGGAGCAUGCAGUCCUCCUACUUCCUGGGAUGUUGGGAAGCGGAAAGACCGAUUUUGCACCUCAGCUUCAGAGCCUAAAUAAGAAGCGCUUCACAUUGGUGGCCUGGGAUCCUCGAGGAUACGGAGAGUCCAGACCCCCAGAUCGAGAUUUCCCACGGGACUUUUUUGAGAGGGAUGCAAAGGAUGCUGUUGACUUGAUGAAGGCGCUGCAGUUCAAGCAGGUCUCCCUCCUGGGCUGGAGUGAUGGCGGCAUAACCGCGCUCAUUGCUGCUGCAAAGUACCCAUCUUAUAUCCGCAAGAUGGUGAUCUGGGGGGCCAACGCCUACGUCACUGAGGAAGACAGCAGGAUUUACCAGGGUAUCCGAGAUGUUUCUAAAUGGAGUGAGAAGGCAAGGAAACCCCUGGAAGCCCUAUAUGGACAUGACUACUUUGCCAAAACCUGUGAGAAGUGGGUGGACGGCAUAAACCAGUUUAAACAUCUGCCAGAUGGCUAACUUCACUGUGAAGUCCCCCCACCCUGAGGACUAUCUAGUCUUCAGGUGCUGAAGCACAGACUCAAGGGAAAAGGCUUCCACUGCUAGAUAUCAUCCACAUGACUGACGGGCUCUGUAAUAUGAGACUUGUACAGGUUUUGUUUGCUUAUUUGAUUUUUCCAUCAUUUUACGUGAGUGAUGGACUUAACUCAAGAAAGGCUGACUAUUUACCAGUGGAGCAUCAACAUGAGCAGAGCACAGGAAAAGAAGAACAAAACCUAAUAAUGUUAAUACUAGAAGAAACCACAGAUCAAAUUGCAGAGGGACGUGUGUGUGUGUGUGUGUGUGUGUGUGUGUGUGUGUGUGUGUGUGUGAGAGAGAGAGAGAGAGAGAGAGAGAGAGAGAGGAUUUCAAAACACCUGAGAUAACAGAAAAGCCUUACCUCAGCUUGUCGUGAAGGUUCCAGCCAGUGAACAAGUAGCCACACUGCUUUGCAACUGUGCUGAGGCAACCAGUCACUUCCCAAGUCAGAGAGCAAAAGGGAAGAAAGAAUAGGCUAGGAUUCCACAAUCCUCUUCAGGUGAAUGUCCCCAGUGACCAAGGAUGUCCCACAAGGCUUCUGAGGCUUUCACUGCUUCCUAAUGGCACCUUUCUGGGGACCAAGCCUUUGAUGCCUUCAGCAGCAUUGAUGUCCAAUGUUUAGCAGCAGCGCAUCUCUGCAGAAUGACUGUG